AUGUCUAGCUUAUUCUCAUCAACAGAUUGUCCAGCCACGGAGGCCAUCUCAAAGUUACCUUUUAGUGAGGAAGUUAGUAAAUCAGUUGCAAUGGGCCCAGAUACGAACAAGUACAAUAGUUCCAACUAUUCACAAGUUUAUAGGAACAGGGCGUAUUCUGAAAAACUAAUUGAUUCGAUACACCCAGACUUGAGCACUCAUCCGAAAUUAUUCAACCAUGCUGCUAAGCUUUACGCGAAUCGUCCAUGUUUGGGAGCUAGACCUUAUGACUAUGUCAACAAGAAACUGGCUAAUCAUUACGAGUACUUGACUUAUAGUGAAACCAAUACGAAGAAAAAACAUAUUGGUGCGGGGAUCAUCAAAUCACUUAGUGAUAAUAAGAAUCUUAACUUGGAAUUGGAGGCCCAUCGGAAAGUUACCAACCAUUUAAGAGAUUGGAGGAGUUAUGGCGUCCCCAACUAUCUUCGUGAUAACAAAGACCACAUAAUUGAAAAGAGUUGCUCUUUCAUUUUAUCAAUCUUUGCUGUCAACCGUUUGGAAUGGUUAUUGACUGACUUGGCAUGUUCGGCAUACUCCAUCACAAACACCGCUUUGUACGACACACUAGGACCGGAUGUGUCACAGUACAUUUUACACUUGACGGAGAGUCCAAUUGUUGUUUGCACUGUUGACAAAGUGAAACCACUUCUCAACUUGAAAAAGAGCUAUCCUGAGGAGACAAAAGCAUUGAUUUCAAUUGUACUGAUGGAUCCCAUCAAGUAUCUUGACCCUAGUUUGUACCAGUUGGCUAAAGAGUUGAAAGUUGAAGUUACGGAUUUGCAAGAAAUUGAGGAACUAGGCAAAGCCAAUCCAAUUGAAGAAUUGCCACCAACACCAGAUGCUCUUUACACCAUAUCAUUUACGUCAGGAACAACUGGCUCCAAACCAAAAGGUGGUAUGAUCCCCCAUAGAAUGGCCGCCUCGUAUAUGUCAUUCUUGGCAUUUAUCGAGCCACAAGCUAAAUUAGGUGAUAUUGCUUAUAUCUUUUUGCCAUUGACGCACAUUUACGAAAGACAAACUAGUUCUUUUGCACUUUCUGCUGGUUAUGCAUUGGGAUUUCCGCAAACAACCGUGGGUCAAACCAAUGUCAAUAGCUUUACCAAUAUGAUUGAUGACUUGAGAAUUUUACAACCAACAUAUAUGUCAAUUGUCCCUAGAUUAUUGACUAGGUUGGAAGGCUUGAUUAAGGAAAAAGUUAAGGAGCUCAACCCAGACGAACAACAUAAGGUGAAUCAAAUUAUUGAAUACAAACUUCACGAGCAAGCAAAACAUGAUGGUCCAGCUGGUUAUGAUUCCAGGUUUGAUUCAUAUGCCCCCUACUACAAUUUGCGCAAAUUCAUUGGCUAUGACAGGUUGAAAUGGGUGCAAACAGCUUCUGCACCAGUUGCAGCAACAACAUUGGCGUACCUUAAGGCAAGUUUGAAUAUAGGCGCUCGUCAGUUGUACGGUUUGACAGAGUCAGGCGGUGCUUGUACGUCAACUAGCGAAUAUGAUUCUAAGCCCGGUACCUCGGGGUCUAUUGCCCCAACCGUUGAAUUGAGGUUACGUGGGGUCAGAGAUAUGGGAUACGACGUGGCAAAAUUGGAAGGUGAGGUGAUGUUGCGCGGCCCACAAAUGUUUAAAGGAUACUAUUAUAAUCAAGAAGAGACUGAUAAAUGUAUCAAUGAACACGGAUGGUUCCAUACUGGAGAUAUAGGAAACAUUGACGAAAGAGGAAGAUUGGCAAUUACUGAUCGGGUAAAGAAUUUUUUCAAAUUAGCUCAAGGUGAGUAUGUUUCUCCUGAAAAAAUUGAAAAUCGUUAUUUGUCAGCUAACCCAAUCAUCAAUCAAUUAUACGUGCACGGUAAUUCAUUGAAGUCUUAUUUGGUUGGUAUAGUUGGAAUUGAUUAUGAACAAGGAUUGAAAUUCCUCAAUAGUGAAUUUGGUAUAAAUAAAAUUGACAUGUCGGAGGAUGAAAUGUUGACUCAUAUGAAUGGAGUCGAAGUCAAGACCAAGCUCUUGAAUACAUUGAAUGAUAAUGUGCGUGGUAAAUUGAAUGGGUUCGAGUUGUUGCACAAUAUCCAUAUUGAAGUUAAUCCAUUGACGGUUGAAAGAGAUGUAGUUACUCCUACAUUCAAGUUGAAAAGACCAGUUGCACAAAAGUUCUUCAGCAAUGCUAUUCACAAGUUGUAUGAGAUUGAACAAAGCUUGAUUGUGGGAGCAAAAUUGAAAAUGGCCAAGUUGUAA